CAUCGCUUCCUACUUUCGCACUUCCGGCAGUUUCCACGCGCCAUGGUAAUGUUGCGUUCGGUGCUUUCCACCGCACGACGUGUUCCGCUGAUCAAGUUCCGCAAGGGUGGCCCUUUCCUGGAGGCGGCCAGUCACACGGCGGGCGGUGCAACCGGUUCUGCCGCUACCACAGCAGCUCCAGCGCACGCACGAUCCGUGUCGUCGGGAGAGGCGAUCGAAGAAUGGCAGCUGCCGGCACGCUACCGCAGGAAACCGAUCGAUGACGUCGAGAUGGAGUGGAUCAACCGUGGUGGACCGCCGGCUUAGACCUUGGAUGACGGUUGCGUCGUGCGUAAUCUC